CAAAAAAUAACCCCCCGCGAUGGGCUGCACUCUAAGCGCGGAGGACAAGGCGGCGGCCGAGCGCAGCAAGAUGAUCGACAGAAAUCUCCGAGAAGACGGAGAGAAAGCGGCCCGCGAAGUCAAGCUCCUACUUCUGGGAGCCGGUGAAUCAGGAAAAAGCACAAUUGUCAAACAAAUGAAAAUUAUCCAUGAAGCUGGAUAUUCAGAAGAAGAAUGUAAACAAUAUAAGGCAGUUGUCUACAGUAAUACGAUUCAGUCCAUUAUUGCUAUCAUAAGAGCUAUGGGGAGACUGAAAAUAGAUUUUGGAGAUUUAGCCAGGGCUGAUGAUGCACGUCUACUCUUUGUCCUUGCUGGAGGAGCAGAAGAAGGUUUUAUGACAGGAGAACUUGCUGGGGUGAUCAAAAGACUUUGGAAAGAUCUUGGUGUUCAAGCCUGUUUCAACCGAUCAAGAGAGUAUCAGCUUAAUGACUCAGCUGCAUACUAUUUGAAUGAUUUGGACAGAAUAGCCCAUAUCAGUUAUAUUCCAACACAGCAAGAUGUCCUCAGGACCAGAGUGAAAACGACAGGAAUAGUGGAAACUCAUUUCACUUUCAAAGAUCUCCAUUUUAAGAUGUUUGAUGUUGGAGGCCAAAGAUCAGAACGAAAAAAGUGGAUUCACUGCUUUGAGGGAGUUACAGCUAUAAUUUUUUGUGUGGCACUUAGCGAUUAUGACUUGGUCCUUGCAGAAGAUGAAGAAAUGAAUAGGAUGCAUGAAAGCAUGAAAUUGUUUGAUAGCAUCUGCAACAAUAAGUGGUUUACAGACACUUCUAUUAUCCUGUUCUUAAAUAAAAAGGAUCUCUUUGAAGAAAAAAUUAAAAGGAGUCCUCUUACCAUUUGUUAUCCAGAAUAUCCAGGAUCAAAUACAUAUGAAGAAGCAGCUGCGUACAUCCAGUGUCAGUUUGAAGACCUAAACAAGCGAAAAGACACAAAAGAAAUCUACACCCAUUUCACCUGUGCCACCGAUACCAAGAAUGUGCAGUUUGUCUUCGAUGCGGUCACCGACGUCAUCAUAAAGAAUAAUUUGAAAGACUGUGGUUUAUUCUAAACAUGUACAUCCAACUCUAUUUUUUUUUUUUACAAAAAAACCAAAUGUGCUUUUUUAAAAAAGACCAUGAAUAUUUUUUGGGGGUGGGGGUUUUAUUUAUUUUUAUUUAUAUGUAUAAUACGGGGGGGGGGUUGUCCGUGUGUGGCCUUGAGUUAACGAAUCAGUUCAGAAAGUCAGUCCUGCUACUUUAUGUAGUCACCCAUGCGUUCUAAGGACCGUGAAUGAAAUAUUGUCUUUCAUUCUGCAAACUAUUUUUUUCUAUAUGUUCAUUGGAUGGGUUUGAAUAAUGCUAGGCAGCCAUGAAUAGUGCUGUGGAGCAUUGACCAGAUAGUCAGUAUGGUUCUUGUGAUUACACAAUUGAAGCCCUGCCCUUUUCACACGUGUAGCACAUAAUAGAAGGGGUCAUGUCUUCAUUAUGACCACCAUCCUACUGUUUUAAACACUCCUGGAGAUGCCUUGUCAAAUACCUUGAUUGUGCGUUGACUUUUGUUGGGUUUGUGAGAUCCUUGGUGCUCUCUAAACUUAGUGCUUUUCUUGCAGAUGUUUCAUUACCAAACUGGGUUACAUACAUCAGAGAACACCAGAGACGGAUGAUGUUACCUGGUUGGGUAAUGAAACGAUCUGCAAGAAAACCACCAAGCUCAGAGAGCACCAAGGACCCCACAGGUCAACCCUGAGCUACGAAUAUUCACUUCUACUGUUUGGUUUAUGUAAACACUGAACACAACAUUUAAAUGAUUUGCUGCAUCUUACCGAGUGCUCACGUUUGAAAAGCUGUUUGUUACUGUACAAAUACCAUGAUUUUGCUUUGGGGAUUGUUAACCCCACUUCUAAAAUAAUCCUUAUUUUUUUUCAUGUUAUGCAUGUUGCCUUCUUUUUCUUAAAUGUUAUUUAUAGGUCUGUAAUUAGCGUUGUAAACUCUCUCUUGCCUAAAGGAAACUUUCCACUUGCUCAGGAUUAAAUAGUAAAUGGCCCAA